GACCCCCCCCCCCCACCAGCCGCGGCUGUCCACGCGGGAUGCCUCACAUUUGCUUGAAACCAUCCCUUGAGAGUCUGGCUGCUCUUUUUUUUAGCGUGGCGCUAGGGAUUUAGCGCAAGGCGUUUAAGGGGUUUUCGGUGCUGCUGGUGCUGCUGUUUUUUAUUUAUUUAUUUUCCCUCUUUGAACCCGGGCCUCGCCCCGCUCCCGCUGGCAUGAUGGCCCAGUCCAAGGCCAACGGCUCGCACUACGCGCUGACUGCCAUUGGCCUGGGGAUGCUGGUCCUUGGGGUCAUCAUGGCCAUGUGGAACCUGGUCCCCGGGUUCAGCGCUACCGAAAAGCCAACCGCUCAGGGGAACAAGACGGAGAUAGGAAGCGGCAUUCUCAAGAGCAAGACCUUCUCCGUAGCCUAUGUGCUGGUCGGGGCCGGGGUGAUGCUGCUGCUUCUCUCCAUCUGCCUGAGUAUCCGUGACAAGAGGAAGCAGCGGCGCGGUGAGGAGCUGGCGCACAUCCAGCACCCGGGGGUCGAGCCUCAGGCCCACGAGGAAGACAGCCAAGAGGAGGAGGAGGCCUCCUCAAGGUACUAUGUCCCCAGCUAUGAGGAAGUAAUGAGCACAAACUACUCAGAAGUGAGGGAACCGGACCAGACCCCCAGGAUGAGCAUGUCUCUCCCCUCCUACGAGUCCUUGACGGGGCUGGAUGAGACGAGACCCACCACAACCAGGGCUGACGUGGAGACCGGCCCGGGGAACCCCCCCGACAGGCAGAACUCCAAGUUGGCCAAACGCCUGAAGCCGCUGAAAGUUCGAAGGAUAAAAUCCGAAAAGCUUCACCUCAAAGACUUUAGGAUCAACCUGCCAGACAAAAAUGUGCCUCCUCCGUCCAUCGAGCCUCUGACUCCCCCGCCACAGUAUGAUGAGGUCCAAGAGAAGGCCCCCAACUCCCGGCCCCCGGACUGACGACCCCUCCCGGGCGUGUUCCCUCCUGUCACUCAACCUCCACGCCAGCAGAUCCCGGAUGAAGCCACUCAGCCACCGUUGAGAAGGGGAGGGGCCGGGUGUGUACUUAGCAAUUUGGACGGGGCCCGGGGGGGUGGGGG